UACAGGCCAGUGGGUGUUAAUUAUUAGCGUAUUUACUAUUUAUAUUAGGUAUUAAAUUUAUUAGUUCCAAAAUUGUAAAUAUAUGUUAUGCUUAAGAUUGAUAAAGUUUAAUUGCUUAAACUUAAUAUGGAGGGGAUUCCCACGGGUGAUAUACAUGCUAAGUAUCAGAAAUUAGCAGCUGAAUAUUCAAAGUUAAGAGUUCAUGUUAAAGUAUUGAAAAAAGGCGUAUUAGACGAACAAGCAAAAUCAAAUGAAUUAAGGGAAUCGUUAAAAGACAAAGAGAAGGCACUGAGAAAUGGAGAAUUAGAAAUAGACUCUCUUACAUUUCGGAAUCAACAACUAACUAGAAGAGUAUCUGUUCUACAAGAUGAACUUGAAAUGGCCAAGUUGGCAAAGAAGUCCAAAAGUAAAGAUGAUAAGACUUCAACAAGUAGCAAUCACACUACACUAGAUACUUCCUUACUACAGGAUGAACUUCAGAAGAAGAUUAUUGAAAAUGCUAAUUAUGCAUCGCAGCUUUCUGACAAAACUUUUGAAAUAUCGCAACUAAAAGCAUCCAUAGAAGACUGCAAUCGUCAUAUGACAGAGAUUGAAAGUAGAUUCAAAUGUGAAAUUGCAAAACUUAAGAAUAAGAACCAAGAGUUGCAGUUUGCUUUGGAGGAAGCCCAAAAAGAAAGGCUCAGUGGAACUCCGAAGGCUCAAGUCGGCAGCAACAUCAGCUACAAUGGUGAUUUUCUGUCUGAAGGGGGCAGCUUGGUUGGAAGUGAAGAUGCACUGAGUUCUGUUGAUGAUUUGCACAUAGGCGAGCAGCUUAGUAAUAAACUACACAGCUUAGAAUUGGAGCAUCAAAAGUUGAGGAUGGAAUAUGAAAUGCUGCAGAUGGAAAAGGAAAGUCUGAAAUUAGAAAUAAGCAAGCACGUGUCGGCGUCGCAGCGGAGGAAAGGCGAGAGUCACGACUCGGGAGAUUUCAAUGUUUUUAGUGAAACUUCUAUUGAUGGAGAGGGUAAAGUGACUGGCUUGUUAGGAAGCUUAGAGGUACCCUUCAUCCUAAGUGAAGAGAUCAAGCAACGUGAGGAAAACAUGCAGACUUACUUCAGGAAGAAAUUGUCUGAGAUCCGGGCGGAGAGGCAGGAGAUUGUGAGCAAGACUGAGCAUUAUAUGAAAGAGUGUGAACUUCUAAGUUUGAGGUUCGAGGAGCUGGAACGUGAGAAAGAGAGAGACAACCACACCAUAGAACAGAAACACAGUACUAUAGAACGGCUGGAGGAGGAGUUGGUGUCGACUUCGCGGAACUACGAGCAGCAGCUGAGCAUAGUGAGCGAACACGUGGCCGCUCUCACCGAGAAGCUGGCCGCUCAGCACGAACAGAUCUCGCAGAUCAAGCGAGGAUCGUCCAAGAGGAAAUAGACCGGAGCUUCCACGAUCCAGGAGAGCCACGUACCUACCAGGGUAUUAUAAUAUACUAAGCCUGGUAUUCUCUUCCCACGAUGGUCUAACACUACGUCAUGAUAAGUGAUACCAUUGAGUGUCCUUUCUUCCUUCGUUUACCAGUGGAGGGCUCCUUUGCACAGGAUGCCGGCAAGAUUAUGUGUACCACAACGGCGCCUAUUUCUGCGGUGAAGCAGUAAUGUGUAAGGAUUACUGUUUCGGUCUGAAAGGUGCCGUAGCUAGCGAAAUUACUAGGCCAAAGAGAAUUAACCAUCUUAUGUCUCAAGCGAGUGCAAUUGUUAUGCCGCUCAGAAUUUUUGGGUGUUCGGCAGGGCCUGUCAAUUACCAUCAGCUGAACGUCCUGCUCGUCUCGACCCUUGGUGUCAUAAUAAAAAAAACCUCACCGAGUUGAUGAAAAUAAAAUAAAUUACUAACUAGCUUAACUAAUUAUUAACUCGUGUGAUUCGUAUAUUUAGAUUAAAACACAUUUUGCUCGGGUAAUUCAAUCACAUACUGGCAAGACAUCGCACUGAUAAGUGUCAUACUGACAGCUUGCCAUUUCAAAGAGAAUGUCGUGUCGCUCACAUCUAUAGUGUUGUUUCGCUCGAAAAUAGUUUGAGAACAGUCAUCGCAGCUGAUGACGUAUUCUUAGGACAAUCACGUGACCCAGCUGCCACGUGAAGAGAAUACCAGGCGGAGUAUAUUAUUAUGCCAUGGUACCUACACAGUUUAUGGCCCGUAUUCCAGAACCAGUUGGAGGCUCCUUUGCACAGGAUGCCGGCUGGAUUAUGGGUACCACAACGGCGCCUAUUUCUGCUGUGAAACAGUAAUGUGUAAGCAUUACUGUUUCGGUCUGAAAGGUGCCGUAGCUAGUGAAAUUACUGGGGAAAUGAGACUUAACGUCUUAUGUCCAAGGUGACGAGCGCAAUUGUAGUGCCGCUCAGAAUUUAUGGGUUUUUUGAGAAUCCUGAGCGGCAUUGCAUUGCAAUGGCCAGGGCGUAUCAAUGUCUCAAGGUGACGAGCGCAGUUGUAGUGCCGCUCAUAAUUUUUGGGGUUUUUCAAGAAUCCUGAGCGGCACUGCAUUACAAUAAUGGGCAGGGCGUAUCAAUUACCAUCAGCUGAACGUCCUGCCUCUGUCUCGUCCCUUAUUUUCAUAAACCUGUCUCAGUACGUAGUCCAUAAUCAAGUAUGUUUUGUCUCUGGGCAUAGAAGAGACAAAAUACACGUGUAUCUGAAAUACGGGUCUUAUAUAGUUUGAGUAGACCACGAUUGUAUAAUCUGUGCGCGAAUGAGAUUCGACCUUUUCGAAUUCUGAGACGUUCGAUUGACCGUCCAGAGCGUCGGCAAUGCAAGCUCGCUUGCGCGGCACGAAUUUGGACGUAUUGUCAGUAUGUUUCUUUCAGUAAAUUAAUUGAAUUAGUCGUUAUUUGUCGGAAAUCCAUAAUUAUCCAAAUAUUGUUUAAGCUUUCUUGAGUCUACAUUCCGCUAAGAUUUGUCUUUAAUCGAUUCGACACAUGUUUCGUCUCUACACGAGGCAUCCCCAGGAGAUGUUGACUCGCCAAAUUCUGGCAUGAGAUUUAUUAGUGAUCGUGAAGUCUUGAGAUAGCUCACAAUAUUUUGUGAUUUUUUUUAUUAGAUCUUUUUUUUUUUUGAUGGAACUGUCACUUUUAAACUUCUGUGACAAUGGCUUUGAAUGUGCAAGGAUUAUAGUUUUAAUAAUUUUUUUUAAAGUAAGAUGUUUUUAAUAUAAUUUUUUUAUGCAUGAUAAAUAUAUCUCCAAGUCAAACAUAUUUAUGUCAUCUAGGUUUCUCUCGCUGUGAAGUAUCUUUAACAGAUUGGUGCAAGUUCUAUAUAGUCAAUGAGUCAGUAAGAAAAAUAGCUUAGUAUUUAAAUUAUUAAGUUUUUUUUUAUUUGGUGAUAAUUUCUAUUGGCAACCAGGCGGAAUCGUGUUAUUAAUUAUUAUCCGUCAAAGUUGCAAUUUUAAUAUUCAAAUUCAAAUAUUUUUAUUCAAAACAGGAUGUGACAUCACGUACCGAAAGUCAAAAACUACCACCCAUUCCAAAAAGUAUGCCUCAAAUACAGAAUGACAGCACGCAGUAAUAUCUCGUAAAGAAUUUAUGAUUGGUUUUGUUAUAUGGACUCAGUUCUAUUGACUGUAGUUGAGAUUUUGGUGAGGUAAAUAUUCCAAUUAAAGAUCUCUCCUUCUUGGUACUAGUAGUUGAGAAAAAGAACCUGUGGGGACAGAGUAUUUCUACAUAUAUAUUUUCAAUCAGUUAACAAUUUUUUCUAAGUAGUUGAAAAGAAAUUUGUUUGGAACUUAAAAGUGCAGCUUCGAAUGUUUUCAUGCGAUGUGUUAGUGUAAAACUCAAAUUUUGAUUUUCGAAUUCCUUUUUUUUUUUUGGGUAAUCUAGAAGAAUGAAUAUGUUUGUACCGAAUAGAUUUUUAAAUAUUUUGUCAGUCCUAUUUAUUUCUGGAAAUAUAGGAUAAUGGAAGUGAUCUCAUAACAGUUUAUAAAUUUCGAUGUCGUAGAGAGUGUAACUAAAUUUUACCAGUUGGAGGCUCCUUUGCACAUGAAGCCGGCUAGAUUAUGCGUAUUACAACGGCGCCUAUUUCUGCCGUGAAGCAAUGAUGGGUAAGUAUUAUUGUGUUUCGGCUUGAAGGGCGCCGUAGCUAGUGAAAUUAAUGGGCAAAUGAGCCUUAACGUCUAAUGUCUCAAGGUGACGAGCACAAUUGUAGUGCCGCUCAGAAUUUAUGGGUUUUUUGAGAAUCCUGAGCGGCAUUGCAUUGGCCAGUGCGUAUCAAUAACCAUCAACUGAACGCCCUGAUCGCCUCGUCCCUUACUAUCACAAAAAAAAAGGUUAACCAUACACUUCUACGUGUAGUGAUUGAAACGAAAUUUAUACUUAGUCAAAAUUUUUAAUGAUAAUAAGGGACGAGACGAGCAGGAAGUUCAGCUGAUGGUAAUUGAUAAUAAUAUAACAAUGCAGUGCCGCUCAGGACUCUUGAAAAGCCCAAAAAUUCUGAGCGGCACUACAAUUGCGCUCGUCACCUUGAGACAUAAGAUGUUAAGUCUCAUUUGUCCUGUAAUUUCACUAGCUGCGGCGCCCUUCAGACCGAAACACAGUAAUGCUUACACAUAACUGCUUCACGGCGAUAAUAAGCGCCGUUGUGGUACCCAUAAUCUAGCCGGCUUCCUGUGCAAAGGAGCCUCCCACUGGUAAAUGAAAUUCUGUCAGCCCCUCACAUUUAGCACCCGGCAAAUUCGAGAUUGGUACUUCAGUUUGAGUAUAUUUUGUUCUAGUGGUUAAUUUUAUCAGGUCUCUUGAAGUACUAUAAACAACUUGACUCACGAUCACCUAUUAAAAGGUCGUCAAAAAUGUCCGAGUGGCGUUAUGUAUUUACAUUAACUUAUACAAUUAACGUUAGGACAUUCAUUCAAAUAAAUACCUUAUUUCGUGGUUAUAAUAUUCAAAGUCCAUUGUAUAAUUGAUGGUAGUGCGAGAUUUGAUUUUAGCGAUUGAAAUGUUAUUACUUAGUAAAAGGAUUAAAAAAGCCAAGUUGUAUGCUUUUGUUAAUUUAAGCGGUCGAAAUACAACUGAACGAAAACUCUGCUCAAUAGACGCGUAGGCAGAUUUUGAUUCAGACAAUUUUUGAGCGUGAUUGUGAGUCUAGUUAUUUAUUGUACGUCAAUGGGUCUUUGCGCAUAUUCAGAAUUUGUCAUUUUGAGAUAUUUUAAAAUCUUUGGCCCUCGGUGUUUUCCCAAUAAUUUUUGCCUAGAUUCCAGGUACAGUUAUAUAAUUGAUUCUUUAUAGUUUGGCAACCCAUACCGCUCCUAUGAGAGGUAUUUUUGCACUCGUAUUUGCUCGUAAGCACCUGCUUCAUUACCUUGAUCAUCGUAGUACAAUCUUAGUCUGAUAUCUAUAAGUCGUACUUAGACUGCACGAUUUUACUUACUCAGAACUUAGCUGAGUGUAAGCUUAGCAUCACACUGAGCUAAGUUUUACGUUAGUAAAGUCUGAGCAGUCUAAGUACGGUCUAUAGAUCUCUACCUAACGUGUGGACCUUAUUGAACUUAUCAAGAUAAAGUUCAUACGCAUUCCACAACGAAUAUGGAACUAAAAAUACUGGAUGCUUACGGCUUAAAAAGCCGCUUGGCUGUUAUUUAAUUCUCUAGGUUGUGGUAGACACAACACAACCAGCCAGGAUAUCAGGUGAUAUCCUGGCUGGUUGAUAUACGUAUUCUAGAAUGUCUCAGUAUUCUGACGUUUAAUCAGAAGUUGUCAGUAAUGUAUUUGACAGAUGACAUCUGACACUUGACAGAUUUCAAAGAUAAAUCGUGUAGAACUCUAAAGUCAAUGUUGUUCGAACGUUAGUCUUUAGGUGUGCUGUGAUAAUUAUAUUUUUUUAUAUUUUCCUUCUUAUUGCUUCGUUUUGAUCCGUACACUAGACAUUCCCUAAUAAAGGCCUAAUUCUAGCGGGUUUAGAUAUAUGAUAGCAUUGCGAUCUUGAACACAACUAACCUGAAUAUAAUUCUUUACAUACCUACCUUUCGAUGAACGAAGGGUACGAUCAUACAACAGACAUUGUAACAUGAACGUGCCCUAAGUCUGCCGUAUAACGUGGUAAUAUAGAAUAAUAAUAUAUUAUAAGAAGUUCAUGUUAAAGUAUUAACAAUAAUAUGCAAGAAAAAGUAUUUUCCAUUUGAAACCAAAGUACCUACUUAUAUUUUUUUUUAUCAAAUCAUUUGGUCUCUAUUUUGUUGUAAUUUUACAGAGCCCUUUUUUGGGAAAAUAUUAAUUUACAAUUAUCAUUUUACUUUUUUAUACCUAAUUUGCAAUAUUAUUGUUAUCAAUUAUGAUUUUAUUAUUUUUUACUAAGAUUCCAUUCUUUCUCAAUAAUUUGAGCUUGAAUUAUUUGAUUAGAAAUAUGAAUCCGUAUUCUUAGGCAUGAAACUGUAAAAUAAAUUGGUAGGCCAAUUUCUACUACUAUUAAUAAUAAUGAUAUUUAUGUAUUUAAUUGUUGUAAAAAUGUAUAUACUAUCAAAUUUGUGAACAUAAUUAUUAAAUUAUAUUAUCAAUGUUAAGCAUGAAUUAAAGUUUGUGUAUUUAUGUAUAUUAUAAAAAAAAUAUUUCAUUGUAUGAAUAUCAAUAAAUGAUUGAAUCAGAAA